CGACACAUCGUGGACUUCCUGUAGCUGGAGCCACCAGCUGAGUUCCUCAUUUGGGGCUCGGUUGAGUUGGGCUUCGGGGUGUUGGUGGCAGCGCUGAGGGGCCCCUGGCUGCCCCCGUCAUGGCAUCUGCUCUCACCGUCCUCCUCCUCGGCUGCUGGCUGGCUGGGCGCAGCAGAGUGUGGGGAGGGCAAGAAUUUCUCAAACCCACCCUCUGGGUGAGCCCCAGCACGGUGGUGGCACUCGGGGGAAGCGUCACCAUCCACUGUGAGGGUCGGUUCCCGGGCAUGGAGUUCGUUCUGCGUAAAGCUGGAUACCCGAACCUGCAGGUGCAGACGGUGCCUAACGGGACCGUGGCUGAAUUUCCCAUCGCCAACGUCAGCCAGGAAUAUGGAGGGAGCUACACCUGCCACUAUCGCUCCAUAAUGCAACAGAAUCGCUCAUCCUAUCCCAGCGACCCCGUCGAGAUCAUUGUAGGAGAGCCCAGCUACCUCAAACCCACCAUCUCUAGGAUCCCCAGCGAGGGGGUUUCCUUGGGAGGAUCCGUGAGCAUCUGGUGUAAGGGGAAGCACCAGUUCAUGCGGUUCGUGCUGAAUAAAGAUGGACGCCAUUUCCAACCUGUGGAUUCACGCGGGGCUGAGGCGGUGUUUUCCAUCAGCAAUGUGAGCCGGGAUCACCGCGGGAACUACAGCUGCUCCUAUCACAGCAGCUCCGAGCCGUUCAAUGUGUCAUACCCCAGCGACCCCAUGGAGCUGGUGGUGAGAGAUCCCAGCUUACCCAGACCCAACAUCUCCCUGAGCCCUACGUGGGUCAUGGUCCCAGGGGCAGACGUCACCAUCCGGUGUCAGGGGCAGCGCCGGUACGUGAGGUUCUUCGUGUACAAGGCUGGAGACCGGAACCCAGAGCAACACAUGGACCCUGCUGGGGACGGGGCCGAGUUCCGCAUCCCCAGCGUGGGCCGGCAGCACGGAGGGAGCUACAGCUGCAGCUACCGGCCCCGGUCAGAGCCCUUCGUCUCCUCGCAGCCC